AUGGUGCUACGAAUGGCGAGACUCAUUGACGAUGCCGGCGAAACGUCUGGGAAUGUACCACAUCCAUGGUCCUCCUCUGGACAUGAUGAUGCAUACAAUGGACUCCAGAUUAGGAGUGUGCUUUUGGAUCUGGUUACUUUGUCUCUUUCCUCUUUAUUUGCCGAAAUUGCUGGUAUUUGUGUUUUGGGUGUUUUGGGUCUGCAAAGUACUUUAUUCAGCUCAUCAGAAUCUUCCUCGUGGCCUUCAAUAUCCGUUUUUCAUCUCAUUCGUCGAUUGAUUUCACUCGGUUCCAGCCACUACAUGCGAUUUACUGAAGGCGUUAUUUCUCAUCGUCUGCCGCAUGCAUUUGGAUAG